UAAAACGGAGCCGAGGACGCGAGGCGAGAGCCGUAUAUCCGCUUACGUCACCUCGCUGCUUGGCCUUGUUUCGCCAAGCCGCCCCCAGACCCAGACAAGUCGCAGCCAUGGCGAUCCCCCGCAUCUCGCCGCGCAAAACCCUGCCCCUCUUCGCCGCCCUGGCCCUGGCCUUGGCCUGGGCCUUCGCCGCCCCGGCGUUCGCCGACGGCGACGACGUCGUCGCCCUCACGGAGUCCACCUUCGAGAAGGAGGUCGGCCAGGACCGCGGCGCCCUCGUCGAGUUCUACGCGCCCUGGUGUGGUCACUGCAAGAAGCUUGCCCCUGAGUAUGAAAAGCUUGGUGCAAGUUUCAAGAAAGCCAAAUCUGUCUUUAUUGCAAAGGUUGAUUGCGAUGAGCACAAGAGUGUGUGCAGCAAGUAUGGAGUUUCUGGGUACCCAACAAUUCAAUGGUUCCCCAAAGGAUCCCUGGAGCCCAAAAAGUAUGAAGGACAACGCAGUGCAGAGGCCCUUGCUGAAUUUGUUAACACUGAAGGAGGCACUAAUGUAAAGCUGGCAACCAUUCCUUCAAGUGUUGUAGUGCUUGGCCCAGACAACUUUGACUCAAUUGUUCUUGAUGAAAACAAAGACAUUCUUGUGGAGUUCUAUGCGCCAUGGUGUGGCCACUGCAAGCAUCUUGCUCCGAUAUAUGAGAAGCUGGCUUCUGUUUAUAAGUUGGACGAUGGAGUUGUAAUUGCUAACCUUGAUGCUGACAAACACAAAGACUUGGCCGAAAAAUAUGGAGUUUCUGGCUAUCCUACAUUGAAGUUCUUCCCAAAGGGAAACAAAGCUGGUGAAGAUUACGAUGGCGGCAGGGAGUUGGAUGACUUUGUCAAGUUCAUUAAUGAGAAGUGUGGUACCAGCCGUGAUACUAAGGGCCAACUUACUUCAGAGGCGGGGCGCAUAGCAAGUUUGGAUGCCCUCGCAAAGGAGUUCCUUGGUGCUGCCAAUGACAAGCGGAAGGAAAUCCUCUCCAAUAUGGAAGAGGAGGUUGUGAAGCUCAGUGGUUCUGCUGCAAAGCAUGGAAAGGUCUACAUUGCCAUUGCAAAGAAAAUCCUGGACAAAGGUCACGACUAUACCAAGAAGGAAACAGAGAGGCUUGAACGCAUGUUGGAGAAGUCCAUCAGCCCAUCAAAGGCCGAUGAAUUCAUCAUCAAGAAGAACGUCCUUUCAACCUUCUCUUCCUAAGGCGAUGUCAAACUCCAUUCUUAUCUUUGGGAUAUAGGUAUAAGGGAAAAUGACAGAAAGAUUAGGAAUGUAUUCAUGAGAGGCCGUUGGCGGUAGAACUAAUUUUGUGGGUUUUCCCUUAAGCAUACAUGUAUCCUAUUGCCUGGUGCGGAUGUUUUAAUUCUUUGCUCAUGGUUACAUGGAUUCAGUUUGUAGUAAAAAAAUAGGGGUUUACUGUCAGGUGGAGAGAAAGAUGUUAACCUUGAUACAUGUUACGACAUUGAAUUUCAGUCUGAUAAUAAAGUACCCUCAUGGGUCUGAAUCGCUCAAA